AAGCGCUGUAGCAUUAGCGGCAAUCGAGUGAAGAUCCCCGAGAAGGAGUCAGCGUCUCCCUACUGGUCAGCCGGUUCCGUUCACCUGAACCUCAGCUGUCAUCCAGCUGCGGGCUCCUCCCCUCUUCCCCCUCGGUUCCUGUGGCAGCCGCCUCAACCGCCCGAGCCUGAAAACUGAUAUUCUCCACCGUUCACUCAGACACACGUAAUUACAUGGACUCCCACGCGCUCUUUCUUCGCUUUUAGCACACACGCAUGAGGACAAACACACACACACACACACACACACACAGGCGCGCGCGCUCACGCAACACACACAGGCACGCAGUCCCUCUCGCACGCCGCCGCUUUCCGAGACAUUAUCCGCAGCUGUCCGGUCCGACAAACAACUCCAACAACCCGUGAAAGUUGACUGACAAGUGGAGACAGGACAGGACAGAACAGGACAAGGCGUGCGUGCAUGCAAGCGUCCCCUCGCCCGCUCUGCGAAGACCUCACCAUAGCACGAUGCAGCAUCCCCUCGCGGGUGCAACGUGUGUCGCUCUGCCGAAUGUGGACAUGUGUCCCCAGCUUUCCUGUGCCUUGACUUUCAUGUACUUACAGCAGGGUAACCAGGACGCCGCGGCACCCCCCGAAACGAUGGCCCAGCCUUACGCCUCCACGCAGUUCGCCCCUCCCCAGAACGGCAUCCCGGCCGAGUACACGGCACCCCACCCCCACCCUGCCGCCGACUACACGGGCCAGACGGCGGUCCCCGAGCACACGUUAAACAUGUACCCUCCCGCACAGACGCACAGCGAGCAGGGCGGCUCCGACACCAGCGUACAGACAGUCUCCGGCACGGCCACACAGACAGACGAUGCAGCACAGACCGAAGGGCAGCAACAGACGCAGUCUCCUGAAAACACAGACAACAAAACGCAGCCCAAGCGGCUCCACGUCUCCAACAUCCCCUUCAGGUUCCGUGAUCCAGACCUCAGGCAAAUGUUCGGCCAAUUUGGUAAAAUUCUAGACGUUGAAAUCAUUUUUAAUGAACGAGGAUCUAAGGGAUUCGGUUUCGUAACUUUCGAAAAUAGUGCUGAUGCGGACAGGGCGCGAGAGAAAUUACACGGCACGGUGGUAGAAGGCCGUAAAAUAGAGGUUAACAAUGCAACAGCACGGGUAAUGACAAAUAAAAAGACAGUCAACCCUUAUGCAAAUGGCUGGAAGUUGAAUCCAGUAGUGGGUGCAGUGUACAGCCCUGAAUUCUAUGCAGUGCCCGGGUUCCCGUAUCCAGCUGCGACCGCAGCGGCGGCAUACAGGGGAGCGCAUUUGAGAGGCCGGGGGCGCACCGUCUACAACACGUUCCGGGCAGCGGCCCCGCCCCCUCCCAUCCCUGCCUACGGCGGUGUUGUUUACCAGGAUGGAUUUUAUGGUGCAGAUAUUUAUGGUGGUUACGCUGCCUACAGAUAUGCCCAGCCUGCUGCCACCACUGCUGCUGCCUACAGCGACAGUUACGGACGAGUUUAUGCUGCCGACCCCUACCACCACACACUUGCUCCGGCAGCCGCAUACAGCGUUGGUGCCAUGAACGCUUUUACACCGCUGACCGAUGCCAAGACCAGGAGCCACGCGGAUGAUGUCGGUCUCGUUCUUUCUUCGUUGCAGGCUAGUAUUUAUCGUGGUGGAUACAGUCGUUUUGCGCCAUACUAAACGACCAAAAAAAAAAAGAAAAAAAGAAAAAAAAACAUUUAAAAAAGAUAUCUAAAAACCUUCCAGUGGGGACAAAGAGAGAAACUUUUUUCGAGGCCUGGGUAUUGCAAUACAUGCAGUAGUGCAUCAUUUUAGCACCUCUUAAGAGAGAGGGGGGAAAAUGGAUAUUUUUCAUCUUAUACCUCAGAUAUUUUGUUUGGUGUAUUUUACUAUUGUGGGUCUUUAAUUUCCUAAGGUUACAGUACAUAGAUUGUUGGCUGUAGAGGUUUCUGUGGUGAUCUAGGAAGCUGCUAGAUAUAAAAUCUAAAAAAAAAAAGUAUAUGAAACUCAAAUUGUUAAGGCCACAAUCAAGUGUGCUUUCUCAUUGUAAAUUAACUAUGUAUGAUAAAUAUUAAGUCGUUUGGGGUUAUCACGUUUUGUAAGAGUGUAAGUGACUGCAAAAGUCAUGUUGUUUUCUGCUUUUUUUACAUUGCCUUUUUUUAAUUUGAUAAUAUUUUUGGUUUGUUUAUGAAAGGAGAAAAGGGAAAAGCUUCAGGGCCGGGGUGGGUACACAAGCCUCAGAUCUGGUCCAGGUAGUUGUUGGGAAGAAAGAGGUACAGUAGUGAUGGAAGAAGGAGACAUCAUGAACUGCAAAGUGGGUGGAGCUAUAAUAUUCCAUCAAUGACUCAUUGGUUUGAAGCGAUUGUUGUGCUAUGGAUAACUUCCUCUGAUUUGUUGACUUGUUGAAGUCUGUGAUUAACAGUGGAUGAUAGCUCCACCUUAUUUUGGGGAUCAUUUUGUCUCACCUUCCCAGCUCUAGCAUAUAGUGUGGAGAAUGGAUGUAGGUCCUCAGUAUUACUGAUGUAGUUAUAAAGAGGGGGUACCACUGUAUUUUAAGUAUAUUAAUCGUCUUCUAUUAUCCAUUAAUCAAAGCCAAAGGUUAUGUUCCUGGGGUGUUACUCUUGUAUAUUCAGAUUUUGCAUAGGAGCUGUCUAGGAAAACCCCUAAAGAUUUUGAACCAAGGCAGUACUUUACUGUUUAACCUUUAUCUAGUUCUCUAGUCAAAUCCUUACUAGUUUA